AUGUAUGCUGCUAAUUUCACUACAGAAGCUGAUCAACAUUAUUGCGAGUAUGCAAAGUGUUUCAGUGGCCCUGCUGGUACUGUCAUUGCAGUGACAUAUAUUGAACACAUGGAUCCACAAAAACAGGGGAAAUGGCUUUGUGAGGGCUGCAGUCGCUACCAACGCUUGAAAACAACAACUAGGUGGAUCACUGAUUCAUUGCCGGUGCAGCAUCAACUCCAUUCAGCAUAUGAUGGUGCUGUGGUCCAUAAACGAAUUGCAGAGGCUCAGCGUGGUAAAUCAAAUCUCCCUGUUCGUGCACUUGGACUUGUAGUUCAGCAGCACAUAGCUAGCCCACAGGCAGGAAAUUCCAGCACACUCCCUCCUGGAUCUAUUCCAGGUCCCCGCUUGGCAGACCUACUUCAAACAUUGUCACUCCAGCCAGGCUAUCAAGAGGCUCACAAAGUCUAUGAAGAAAUGUGGACAUCACUUGCAAAAUUGGCAUGCUCAAUGAGUGUUCCUGAAGUAGAUAUCGUUGAGUCAAUCAGCCAUGUGCCUUAUCGCAUUGGUGCCAAAGAUCUCAAAGUCUCCGUCUACCUCACCUUGCUUCCUUUGUUCCUCAAAUGGUCUCAUGGUCUCGCAUUCUCUUUUGAAGAGGCUCGUCUGCGCUUAGCCAAUAAUUUCGAGGAGAUUCUCCCCCGUCCAGCAGGUGAAGACACCAAUGCAAUUUCCUUCCACUUUAUCAAGACAAAAUGUGGCAAGCAACAGUUCCAUGCUGGCAAGGGUAUCGAAGUCCAUCUCCUGAUCCCGCUCGAAAAGUUUCAGGAGGCAGAGAAAAGGCGUGAAAGAGUUGAGGAAGGUACUGAGUCCAAGGUUGACAAGACAACUGUGGGUGGCCUUCAUCGGCUUGUCUCAUCACAGUCAGCAAUUGGGUCCUCAUCUUCAAAUGGCACCCUCAUCCAAAAUUGUACCAAACAGUUCCAGCAGACAAAGCACAAAUUGUCCUCACCGUCUCCUCCAGCAACCCCUCCCCAGAAGCUUCGAACUUCAAACACGGCAACCAUCUCUCCAGAUGCAGGUGAACUUCGUCGUGCACUUCAAGCACAAGGAAACACAAUCAGUGGAAAAUCACUUCCAGAUCCUUUCCUACUUAUUGUGGAAAAUGUUGCAGUUACUCUGCGUCCAUUUACUGCAGUGCUGCGCAUUGUUCCACGCCUUUCAUUAUCAUCUCUCAUCCUUGAUCCCAACACCUCCGACAUCAUCAGUACCAUUGCUCCGACGCAGGCGACACUUUUUUUUAAUCCACAAGGCAAGCCAAAAUAUGGCGCAUUCAAGGCUGCCCAAUUCAGUUUCCUCGAUAAAGCCAUUCUGGGGCCCUUAAGCUCCAACUCAACACGUAUCUGUCUCAAACAAUGUUACUACCGAAAUGACAAGUCCAAGAGCAUAUGGGCCAGUGCUUUAAUGGACCAUGUCCAACAAUUUGUCAUCGCUGAGCUUUCCACACGCAGUGCCCCACCAUUUCACAUUCCUGACAUUCGCUUUGUCCAUGUUGCUCUUGCCAGCAUCGAAGAUGCAGGCAUCACCAAAACCUAUCUCGUUGAGGAGUAUAUUGACGAGUCCAUGGAAGGCAGCUUCACCAAAUAUAUCUCCAACGACUCACCUUCCCCAAUACUCAAUCUCGACAACAAAUCAAGCAACAUUGCCAGCUUAUUUGCAGAUGGCAACUUGACAGACGCCUUUGCUUUGUUCGAGGAGAAGCAUGCAUGCAAUGAAUUUUGUAAAUUUUUUCAACUUGAGAGACUCGUAACAACAUGCGCAAACUUGCAGAUGGCCUACAAUAAACCCUUACCCCCUCCCGCAUCACCUCCUCACUUGGGCCCAGAUUAUCUCUUCGCUAAAGCUGACUCAGAUAGUGAUGGUAGCGGGUAUGAUGACUUUGGCGCACAAAGUAUGGAUCUAGGAACCCACGAAGAUCUAAAUGACGUCAACGAAAGCUACUCUAGACAAGAGGCUUACCGGUACCAUUCAGAUCUUCAGAUUCCAUACACAGGUCUCGCGCAUCUUAUGAUGCUCCACAUCGAACUCAAGUCUGAUCGGCACAAGUUGCUCAGGGCGAACCGUUGGCCAGGCUGA